GCCCAUGGUAGAGGGGUGAAACAAGAUGGUCUUCAAUGUCUCUUCCAACCCAUCCUGUGAUUCUAUGAUUUAGGACCUUGUAGGUAACCAGCAGCUUUUAGAGGCAAAGAAGGCAUUGUAAGACAUUUCUUGUUUAGAUUGUCACCAUAAGUGGGUAAUAAUCUAAAAUGGGUUUAACCUGACUGUAGAUAUUGAGACUUCUCCAGGUCUAAACCUUGGAAAUGGCCUUGGCAUUAAUCCACCGGGACGAAGCCCUUAAUUUAUGCCCUUUUCCUCUGAGUGUUUGCCUUCACUGAACUCUCCAACCACAGAUCAGAUGGAGCCGAGCAGAACAAAACCCCCACUCACUGCACCAGCAGCACUUCCAGCCUGACCAAGGGUAAAUUAAAGCAUUAAAUCCAACAAAUGGGGUGAAUUCCCGUGGGGCUUUCACUCCUCUCAGCCCGGAGGUCAGAAAACAACCCACGUGCAUUCCUGGCCUCUCACCUAGCUCGUGAUCCCUGCCCACUGUUUCCAAAUCGCUGUCUUCAUCAUCAGCCAGCUCAAAGGCAGGGAAGAUAUAUAUCCUGUCCCCAGGUGAGGGUGUUUUUCCUGGGCUGUGGAGACGACGGGGAGAAGAUGAAGGGCUCUCUCCUUGCGGUGCUGGCUUUGAUCCUCUGCGCGGCUCCAGCCAAUGCCCUGUAUUGCUACACCUGCAACUGGGAACAAAGCAACUGGAGCUGCCUGAAGGCCGAGAAGUGCUCGGAGAAGGACGAGUACUGUGUGACCAACGUGGCCUCUGUAGGGAUUGGCUUUUUGUCUCUGUGGAAGAGGAUCACCAAGAAGUGCUCUGAGACCUGCCCACACCACAACUUCAGCCUGGGCCUGGCUUCCUACACCUCCUACUGCUGCCAAACCUUCCUGUGCAACCUGAGUGCGUGCCCGGGGCCCAGGCUGGCCCGGCAGUGAGGUGCCAGGGGGCCCCAUCCUGGUGUCCUUCUUCACCUGCUCCAUGCUGAGGGAAGAAAGGGGGCUCCUGAAGGCCUGAAGAGCGUGGCCAGAUUCCCUCAGGAGGGCAUGGCCACGGAACAUGCUGUGGAAUAGAUAAAAUAUUAUGGUCAGCACCUCCUGCCCUGUGUUGCCUCCUGACCUGUGGCUUCUCACUUGAUUCUCACACCCCAGCUCUGUCACCUCAGCAGCUUCCUGGAGGAAUGGCCCUGCUCUAUCCUGCUACCUGGGGCAGGGAGGUGCUGCGUCUGCAUCUCCUGCAUCUCUAGAGGGGUUUCUGCUCCAGUUUUGUCUUAUUUUGGGUGCAGCUGGAGCCACGGAGCGGCAGCUUCCAGGCUGAGGGAGGGGAGGGGGCAAAAAUAACAACCAGCUCAGAGGGGAAACUGUGCAAACUCGUGGGUUUGUUGCCAGGGAAGGGGAAAAGCUUCCUGGGUGAAAGAGCCUGAGCCUGUGAUGGGUGAGAGUCACAGCUCCCCCCUUGCACCUCUCACCCUGCUCUGUCCAUCCUCUCCCUCCCCAGCUUGGGCACAGUGACACCCCCAGAGCCCCAGGAACAGGCAGACACGUCACCCACACCCCUACUCUUCCUCUUGGCUCUGCCUCGGGUGCCACAUUUCUUCUCAAAACGAUGCUUCUCUGCACAUCUGCACAAACAUCUGCUUGGUUUUGGCCUCACCUCCACUUCCAGCAUCCCUGGGAAUCCCUUUCUCCACGUUGCCCUUCUGUUGCUGGAUCUGAGUGGCCUCACCUCAGGCCGGCACUGCCCCGGCCUUCCCACUUGGAAUUGUGUCUUCCAGAAACCCCUUCAUUUAUCCUUCCCUCUGACAUCCCCCCAAAAUCGACUGCAGAGUAAUCACAGAACCGUGGAAUGUCCUGAGUCGGAAGGCAACCACGAGGAUCAUCCAAGUCCAACCCCAAGAAUCCCACCACGUGCCUGAGAGCUUUUUCCAAGCACUCCUGGAACUCUGGCAGGCUUGGGGCUGUGACCACUUCCCUGAGGAGAUUGUUCCAGCGCCCAGCCACCCUCUGGAUGAAGAACCUUUUCCUAAAAUCCAGCCUAACCCUCCCCUGAAACAGCUCCAGCCGUUCCCUCUGGUCCUGUCGCUGCUCCGAGAGAGCAGAGAUCGGAGCUGCUCCUUCGCCUCCCCUCGUGAAAACUAUUUGGGUCGAGCUGCUGAGGAAUAUUCCAGAGGUUUUGUAAGGAAAAAAAAAAAGAGAUUUCACAGCAGCCAAAUAUUUCAUGCAGAUGUUUCCAGAGCCUGCAGAGAAAUGAGGGUAAAAAGAAGCUGAAAAGAACGACGACGAGAGCAGAGAUUUUUUUCAUUGCCGAAGCGUCUCUGUUUUCCCCCA